UUAUGUUUGUACUGAACUUGCUGCUACUGUAUACGCUCGAUACACCCACAAUUCAUUUCAUUUCAAAAAAAGAAAAAGAAAAAAAAAGAACAGAACAAAGAGGAGAGAGAGAGAAACACAGUCUCGUCGUAACCUAGCGGAGCUGUCUGGUCAUUACUGCUGCUAUUUGAUCGGAGUGGGAGAGAAGGAAGUUUGUAUGCUGCAGAGCAAUCGGAAUCUUCACUAACUUGGGAACCGGUCUGUUCGUAACCUAACGGAAUCGUCUCUUUGUGCCGUCGCUACUGUUGUUUGAUCGGAGUGGGAGAUGAGGAAGUUUGUGUGCUGCAGAACAAUCGGAGUCUUCAUUGAGUUGUGGAUAAGCUACAAUGGAUAUUGAUUCAAACAAUAAUUCAUUGAAUGGGAGUGAGGAAGUUGAAGAACAGGAUAACAAUCUUUCAUUUAACGAAAAUGGUGAAGUUGAAGAAUCUAAGAAGGGGAUGUAUUUUACCUCAAAACAAGAAGUGUAUGCAUUUUAUGCAAAAUAUGCGAAACAAGGUGGAUUUGCUAUAGCUUUUAGAUCACAAAAUCUACCAAGUGAUGGGGAAGUGAAGUACUUUGGAAUUAAAUGUACUCGGGUGUAGAUUAGAACAAAAAGAUCAGAAGUAAAUCCCUUGGAACCAUCUUUGUCAUAAAAAAUUGAUGUAAAGCAAGGGUAAGAGCCAGUCUACAAAACGAUGGAAGAUAUAAGUUAACCACAGUUGUCCUUGAGCACACUCAUGAUUUGAUUCCUAUUGACUUACGACAUUUUGCAAUGAAUAAGAGGAUUCUUACUCCGGUAAAGAGGAGACUAGAAGUGAACGAUGCAGUAGGGAUUGGGGUGGCGAGGAAUUUUCAUUCCAUAGUUGUUGAAGCAGGGGGAUAUGAGGCAUUAACGUUUGAUGAAUGAGAUGCAAAAAUGCUAGAAGAUUGAGACUUUGGCUAGGAGACGCCGAAUCAGUUACACUUUAUUUCCAUAAAAUGCAACAACUAAAUUUGAACUUCUAUUCGGCAAUUAACCUUGAUGAAGAUGGUCGCAUGUGAAACUUGUUUUGGGCAGAUGCAAGGAGUAAGGCAGCUUAUAAAGCAUUUGGGGAUGCUGUCUCAUUUGACACAACCUAUUUGACAAACAAAUAUGAUAUGUCGUUUGCUCCGUUUGUAGGAGUUAAUCACCAUAGACAGUCAAUUUUGUUUGGUUGUGGGUUAUUAUCUAAUGAGAACACUGAGACAUUUGUUUGGCUGUUCAAAGAAUGGUUAAGUUGCAUGUCAGAUACUCCUCCAAAAGUUAUAAUAACUGACCAGUGUAGAGCUAUGCAAAAUGCCAUAGAAAUUGCCUCCUCACAGGCUUGACAUCGUUGGUGCUUAUGGCAUGUAAUGAAGAAAAUUCCGGAGAAACUAAGAGGAUAUUCACAAUAUGAAAGCAUAAAGGUUGCUUUGCAAAAUGCAGUUUAUGAUUCAUUUACAAAAGAUGAAUUUUAGGAAAAUUGACUUGCAAUGGUUGCAAAAUUCAAUCUGAAUGAUAACGAGUGGUUGAUGGUAUUAUACCGUAAGCGACAUAAGUGGAUUCCUAUCUAUGUUAAAGAUAUAUUUUGGGCUGGCAUGUCAACUACCGGUAGAAGUGAGAGCAUGAAUGCAUUUUUUGAUGGAUAUGUGAACUCGAAGACUACCUUAAAGCAAUUUGUUAAGCAAUAUGACAAUACCUUGAAAAGUAAGGUAGAAAAUGAGACAAAAGCAAAUUUCAAAUCUUGUAACCAAUUGUAUGAUUGCUUAAUAGUGUAUCAUUUUAAGAAGCAAUUUUGUGCAGUGUACACAAAUGCAAAAUUUAAAGAAGUUCAAGUAGAAAUGAAGCGUCUAGUGUACUGUCGUCCAAAUCUUGCGAAAGAUGAAGGAUCAAUUUGUACCUAUCAUGUGAGGGAGGCUACUCUUCUAGGUGAGGGUAUGAAGAAAGUAGAAUUUAUUGUGUACUGUAAUUCAAUUGAAUGUGAGCUCCAAUGUAUGUGUUGGUUGUUUGAGUUUAGAGGUAUUAUGUGCGCCCAUUCACUUAGUGUGCUCAUUGAGAGGUUCAUACAUGAGGUGCCAAAUAAAUACAUUGUUUCGAGAUGGAGAAAAGAUUUGGAAAGAGGGUAUACAUGCAUUCCAACCACAUAUACUAAUUUCGGGGCUGCUAUGAAUCCAAAGUUGCAUGAUUCCUAUCACAAGAGGUUGGAUGAGAUCCUAGAACUUGCCACCAAUGAUAAUGGUAAAUACAAAGUGAUUCAACUUGGGUUGAGGGAAAUCAAGGAUCGAGUGAGAACAAUUGAAUCGGGUACUUCGAGUAAUGUGUCAUGUACGAGUACUGUACCACUUUCUAUUAGUAUUGUACCGCCUUCCCAUACUUUAUCGAAAAGUCCGCCUGGUCUCAAUACUACAAAAGCAAGCAACACUCGCAAGGUACUCAGUCCUUUGGUUGCUCGCCGAAGAGGCCGUCCAUGUACGAAGUGGAAGGUUAGUAAGGUUGAUCAAAUAGUGAAUCGGUUGAAGAGAAAGAAUAAGAAGACUACUCCCGCACAGGUAAAUGUUGGCGUAGGUUGUUUCGUAAGGUUUUUGUGGAUUUAUAGUUUAAUGAUUGAAAUUAGUAACGAAAUUGUGUUACUAUUUGAUGAUAGGUGCCGCAAGAUUAGCCUUACUAUUUUCCUUCUAUGGUUGGCACACAAGACAGUAUGUAUGUAUCAGUAUAUGUUGAAUGAACUUAAUGCAUUGCACUUUGUUUGUUGUUAGGUUUUUUUUAAUGCUUCAAAUUAUUAAUAACAUUGUCUUACUAUAUAAUGAUAAAGUGCUACAAGAACAACUUUACUAUUUUUCUUCUAUGGUAGGCACACAAGAUUGUAUGUAUGUACCGGUACGUGUUCAAUAUAUGAGUACACAUAUUUUAAUGAUGAAUUAAAUUUUUUAUUGGUCAAUAUUUUUUUGAACAAUAUUUGUAAUA